AUGCAGUGCAAAUCGGCACUGCUGCCACGAGCAUCGCAGUAUUUCUCUUCUCGGCAGCCCAGGGCGCAGGACCGUGCCUGCCCCUUCCGUCCUCGAGUAACCAGAGUGUCCCAGAACACUCCAAAGCUUUCAGAAGCAACAGGGUUAUACCCGAAACUCUCACGGCCGGCUCCUGGAAAAAAAAAAAGGCGACUUCCUGGGUUUUCUCUGCCCUCCCCCGGUGUUGCAAAGCAGCAGGACGGCUUCCUGUCCAGAGCCGCUCGGCCCUGGGCCCCUCCGAGUGCGGGGACCCCCCUACCCCCCGCCCGCUCCGGGCCCCCACCUCCUCUCGGUCUCCCUUGCAAACACUCGCUCCAUUUAGAGCCGGAGCCCGCGCGGAGAGCAUCCUGCCCCUCGCGGCGCCCCGGGGAUGCCAGUGAGCAUGCUCCGCGCGCCGGGAGGAGGCCGGCCGUGCGCAUUCGAGUCAUUCCAGGCAUAGCCGGCGUGUCGGCGCGGCGGACUCGCAGCGGGCUGUGA